UCGUUUCCUUCAGAGUCCCCCUUUCUCUCAUCUCUAAGUAAUCGAAGCAGCCAGGGAUCUGAAACAGAAGCGAGUUUCAGAUAACUAACAUGAAGGCAGGUUUGGUCGUGGACGAUGGUUAUAUAUACGGAGAAGCGAAGAACUUGACCGUUCGGAAAACGUCUAUGUUCUUCGCCGGAGAUGGUUUCACCGUUUACGACUGCAAGGGCUCGUUGGUGUUCCGUGUCGACUCCUACGGCGGUCCCGACACCCGCGACAAUGACGAGGUUGUCCUCAUGGACGCUCACGGUCGCUGUCUCCUGACCCUCAGAAAAAAGAGGCCGAGCCUGCGGCGGAGGUGGGAAGGGUACAUGGGGGAGAGAUCGGACGGUCAGAAACCGAUCUUCAGCGUGCGGAGAUCGUCGGUGAUAGGGAGGUGCGGUGCGACGGUGGAGGUGUACGGAAACGGUCGGUGCGAGGAGUAUCUGAUCGAAGGCAGUUUCCGUCAAAGGACCUGCACGGUGGUCGAGGCGGAUACGCGGCGGAAGAUGGCGGAGAUUCGCCGGAAAGUGGACUCCUCGACGAACGUAAUGCUCGGAAAAGACGUAUUCUCCCUCAACGUGAAGCCAGGGUUCGAUGGAGCGUUUGCCAUGGGACUGGUUUUGGUGCUUGAUCAGAUCAGCGGUGACGAUUUCGUCGAGGUUGGUGAAGAGCAGGUGCACCCAGGUUCCUUUUGAUUUAUUUUUUUCCCACGUUUUUCUUGGGAUGGGAAACAAAAACCGAGUGGAGAUAAUCAUAAAAGGUCUUGUCAACAUGAGAGGGAGCGAAUGGGACAGUGGACCUACUUGUCUUUAAGACAUGUAAUUGAAUUUGAUUCACACAGCUUCUUAAUCAAAGAUUAAGAUAUGGACU